UAAAGUUCCACCAGACGCGGAUUCUAGCUUACUUGUCAUGGGAAAGCGCACCACAGCAGGUUUGAACCACGACGUCCGAAGCAUUAGCUCGAAUUCGAAUAUUUCCACAAUUUGUAUCAUCAUUACAUCAAUUGGGUGGAAACAUUUCUUGUGCUUCAAAUUAUCCGAUUAACGCUAGAAAAUUGAACACAUUUCUCCCAUUUUCCAACUCAAUGGCUCGGUAAAUAAACAAAUGUCCACGUGCCGCUUCUGCAUCAUGCAGUUUUGCCCGCUGGAGUAUAGUAUUUGGAUUCCAAAACACAACCGCGUAUUGGGUGGCUCAUGCGCACAAUCCAUGUUUUGCGUAGGAAAAAAAAACAUAGAUCCUUUCUCCGUUUCGAAUGCCCACAGUCAGUCAGUCUGUCAGGACACAGUGAGUGUGGCAAACGUAUCCUAGAAAACGUAUCAUCUUACCACCCCGUAUAGAAAUAGCGCAAGCCACAAUCGCUUUGCGAUAUCGAUUUUCGUUCGUUCGUUUGGCUGCGGAUCCAAGCUUGAGUGCGAUAAUCGGUAACCUCUAGCAGGCUUAAUUGUGCAUUCAGCAGCAGUCGUGCCUGUGCCAUCCUCCCAGCAGCUCCAUACGGUUGCUGUAUUCGGUAACUCGAUGGCCAUAUAGAGGCGUUAUUACUCUAUCGUCACGGUCAUCAACGCCGCUCUCGGCAGCACUAUGGUGGGAGGUGUUCGCUGGUCAACGUGCAAUUCUGAUUAAUCGCUCGCCACCGUUAGUCGUGCUCGGUCGUUCGCGAUGUCCGCCUCUGCACCGUUGGGUGUCGUGCAGGUGAAUCGAUCCCGUUCGGAGACAGUGCUCUCGCUGGACGGUGGUUGGCCACCGCCAAGGUCACCGCCACCAUCCCUCUCCCCGUUUGCCGGAUGGCCACGGGCCAACAAUGGGUAUGGGCGGUUCGGUUCGCGACCAGUAAUCCCAGGACAACCGGCCUGGCUGAGUGGAUCCAGCAGUGCCCUACCGCGCACCGGUAGCCGCGAUGAGGUGAAGCUACACAAAAGCUUGGAAGAAAUUUCGAAGGAUAUACGCGAGAUCGAAGACUUUAUCAGUGUGACCGAGGACAUUUUGCGACGCGAGCGUGAACAGGAUGAGCAAAUAUCGUUACGCGAACGGCAGCGUAAAGCGGCCGAACGCACCAUGCAGCUCAUCCGCAACAAGUGCAGCCCGACGAAGAAAUGUUUCAAUCGAACCAUCAAAACACCGGACGGCCAGCGGAAGGUGCUGCGCUCUCCGACCUACAAGGUGAACAUUACCCAGAAACGGCGCAUCAAAUCGUUCAGCCCGAAGGGUGGCUACAAGUCGAAGCUGUACUUUCGGAACGGGAAGAUUGGCUGUCAGGAGGCGGAAAAUGCGGUAUCGAAUUUGCGAAGUACGCACGAGCUGGUGAAGCGGAUUAUUAACGAUGAGAACAAUAUGCUGGUCAAGUUAGAACAUCAGCACUACUCGACGGGCGAGCAUGAUGGGCUCGAUUCCAGAUCCAGCUCGGUGGAUACGCCGGUGGAAAGUUUGCAGAUGUGCGUGACGGAAUCGGCAGGAACGUCGCUGUGUGAGGACGAGUCCUCACCACCACCCCCUGUUCCGACCAUGUCUGCUGACGUUCCGAGCGUGCUUAACAGUCACGAAUGCCAGCAGCGGACCGACGACACCCAGCCCAUCGAGAAUGCUAAUGGGUGCUCGAUAGAGCCGUUGGAGGAUAGACGAAAUUCGGAAGCUCCCUCGGAGAUUGUGCCAACUAAUGGGAAUGAUUUCGUGACUGUCCGGCUACGCCAUUUGGCCAACCGUUUCUCGGAGCGUACCAGGAAGAUGCGCAGCAAGAUCGAAAUUCCUCCAACACCGUCCAGCAGUGCCAGUGCUCCUUCAACCGCUCCCUCCAUGCAGAAGCACAGCGUGAACCAGCGUACGAUACAAAACUCCGCCCUAACGCUUCAAUCAGCCACCGAUACACCGGACUGCAGCCACUAUCUGUUCUGUCCCAUCUUCUGCUGCGGCGGCCGCAGCGACAAUGUGCUCGAUCCGCAAGGAAAGUUCUACAUUGCCUGGCUGUUUAUUGUGUCACUUUCGUUCCUGUACAAUGCGUGGGUCAUACCGCUGCGAUCGUCGUUUCCCUAUCAAACGCCGGAAAACACCAAAUAUUGGAUCGCGAUGGACAUCUGUGCGGAUGUGAUCUAUCUGCUGGAUAUACUGUUCGUGAAGCAUCGGCUGAUGUACCUGUACGAAGGGUUUUGGGUGAAGGAUAAACACCUCACGCGCAAGAACUAUAUGCGUAAGCUACAGUUUAAGAUGGACCUAUUGGCGCUGGUACCGUUGGAUCUGCUGUAUCUCCGCUUCGGAACCGAGCACGUGGUGUUUCGAGCGCCGAGACUUCUGAAGAUACAAAGCUUUUGGGAGUUUUUCAAGCUGAUCGAUCGAGUCAUUUCUUCGCCACACAUUAUACGUGUAGUGAAGACGCUGACCUACAUGCUGUACAUGAUACACCUGACAGCGUGCGCUUACUAUGCUUACAGCGCCUAUCAAGGACUCGGUUCCAAUCGAUGGGUGUUCAACAACAAGGGACACGCGUACGUACGGUGUUUCGCGUUCGCCACGAAAACAGCCACCUCCAUCGGCAAAAACCCAAAGCCGGAGAAGGAAGGAGAGCUUAUGUUCAUGACCGCCGCCUGGCUGAUGGGUGUGUUUGUGUUCGCGCUGCUUAUCGGCCAGAUACGGGACAUCAUAGCGACGGCAACCCGUUCCAAGUCCGAGUACAAGCAGCUGGUCGACGAAACGUUGGAGUACAUGCGCCGGCUCAACCUGCCGACCGAUCUGCAGCGGCGCGUCAAGAUGUGGUUUACCUUCACCUGGGAGCAGCAGAAAUGUCUCGACGAAACGCACAUAAUGGAUGCGUUGCCGGCCAACCUAAAAACCGACAUCGCUAUCUCGGUGCACAUUCAAACGCUUUCCAAGGUGCAGCUGUUUGCCGACUGCGAGGAAGCGUUGCUGCGCGAGCUCGUGCUAAAGCUACGAUCGGUCACAUUCCUGCCCGGGGAUUACGUGUGCCGGAAGGGAGAGGUCGGCAAGGAGAUGUACAUCGUGAAGACGGGCCAAGUGCAGGUGAUGGGAGGGCCGAGGAACGAUGUGGUGCUAGCGACACUGUACGAAGGAUCCGUGUUUGGUGAGAUCAGUCUGCUAGCGAUCAAUGGUGCGGAAGGAAACCGACGUACGGCGGACGUUCGCUCGAAAGGAUUCUCCAACCUGUUUGUGCUGUCGAAAUCGGAUCUAAACGAAGCGAUCGUGUACUACCCGAACGCACAAGCGAUCCUGAAGAAGCGUGCCAAGAGCUUGAUGCGCAAGAAUGCCGCUCGGGAGAAGGCCGAAUCGCAGCAGAGCAUCGACACGAAGGAUAGUGAGGCGGAUGUAGUGAUCCGCAAUCCGCAGGAUCCUACCUCUCCGAAGCUACUGAAAACGGUUAUCCAAGCGUUGCCUCAGGAGUCGGCCGCCGUACAGCUGCUAAUGCAGGGCUUCAAAACGAUCGAUCCGAUGGUGGAAGACGAUGCGGAUCGGCAACAACAGAACCGGAUCGGAACGGAGGAGAAAAGCAACGCGGAACAUGAAACGGCCGCGGAAACGGCCUCAAUGCGUAGCGUAGAGAUCACGCAUACGACUGAGGUGCAAAUCGAGAAUGAAAAGAACGUAGAAUUGCCCUGCGAUCUGGUGUACAGCAUCAAGAAGGAGCUGAUGGAAAACAAUAGCUACAUCAAUCUAACCGAUGCGGAGAAGUACAAGCUGCUGCACGAGCUUUCGAAGGAUGAGUACGACGGUCAGGAAAAGUCGUCAGUUUAAACUGCGAUACUGCGGUGGAUGAAUGUUGAACAAUGUUUGUGCUAAAUGUGCACUAUCUGUGUGUUUCCAUGUAAAGCGAUCGCUUUCAACAUGUUCACUUAAAGUAUUAUUGUGCCCUAAAUCAUUUUUAUGUAUCUUUAAAGCGAAGCAAGCUAACUUUGUAGCAUCCGCUGGGAAUUGAAAAAAAAAAGAAGAUGGACGCGAAGUGCGCCACACGGUUCGGUCAUACAUUUGCCUUUAAUAACACCACCACCACCAAACACGACGCCAUUCCGCGGUCCCUCUCUACACGUUGGACAUUUAUUUUGCGUAUCGUAACAUCAAUGCUGUAAGGUUCGCCUUCGCCGGUGCAUGUCGCGUGCAUACUGCAGGGCAAUAAAUUAGCGCCACCUUGCUGUGAUGGGAGCUACAAAGAGAGGUGUGCGACUUCGGGGCAAGGUAAGCCACGGGAACGUGAUCGACGGAUGGCCGAUAUCAGUGAUGGAAUCUACACACACACACACAAUUACCAUGCCUUGGGGGAUAUCUGGAUAUGGUUGGCCUUUGGGAUAAAUGAACGUCGUUAGCGGAAGUGAAGCAUGGUGGCGUGUCGUUUGUUGAACGAACGAUUGAUAGUAGUUUUAAUGUCACCUUUUUUAAACAUUUACCAAAGGUAAACCCUGUAGCGAUAAUUGUUAGCAUUCGUGUUCGGUGUACAUCGUUGUGCCACGCUCUUUAUCUCUGUGUCUUGAAGAUUUAUGAAUAAAAUUGAUUACAAAAAUAUAA